UCAGCCUCACAUUUAUGGUAUUGAAAUGUAGUGUGAACUGUGAAGAUCAAAGAAUUUGACACAUUCAUUGUUCUUUACUUCGUUUCAAUUUCAGAGCCCACGCUCUGAAAUUUCCACAGCUGCAUUCCAUCCAAUCUCUCUCCCUUUAUAUACUCCUCACCAUAUCUCACUUCUCACUAGCCAUUGCAUCCUAAAACUCAGUUUCUUCUUCUUCUUCUUCCUCCUUCCAAAAUGGCUAUCUCUUCAACACUCACUCCCACACUCAUCCUCUUGCUGAUAAUGUCUCUUCAACCAUGCACCACCCCAUCUUCCGCUUCUACCAUCACUGAAUUCUCAGGAUUAUCAUGUCUCAGAGUUUCUCCAAACAGAUUCAUUGACUCUGCAAACAAAGUCAUUAAUCUUCUUCAAAAUGUCUCAUACAAUCUCUCACCCUUCACCAAAGUUAAUCAGGAUAAUGAUAAUCGUCUCUCAAAUGCCAUUUCUGACUGUCUAGAAUUGUUUGACAUGGCUUACGAAAAUCUUAAAUGGUCUAUUUCCGCUACCCAGAACCACCAAGACAUUCCAGGGAAUAAGAACAAUGGCACUGGAAACUUAAGCUCUGAUUUGAGAACAUGGAUAAGUGCUGUACUUUCUUAUCAAGAGACUUGCAUUGAUGGAUUCGAAGGUACAAACAGCAAUGUGAAGGAUCAUGUAUCAGGUGGACUUGACCAGGUGAUAUCAUUGGUGAAGAAUGAGCUACUUCUUCAAGUGGUCCCUGACUCUGAUCCGUCAAACAUUAGCAACAGUGGUGAAUUUCCUUCUUGGGUCAAAGCAGAGGAUGAGAAGCUUCUGCAACAGGAUGCACCGCCGCCGCCAGCGGAUGUGGUGGUGGCGGCGGAUGGGAGCGGGAACUACACGACGGUGAUGGAUGCGGUGAAGGAUGCACCUGAGUACAACAUGACGCGUUAUGUGAUACAUGUGAAGAAGGGUAUUUAUAAGGAGUAUGUUGAGAUCAAGAAGAAGAAAUGGAACAUCAUGAUUGUUGGUGAUGGCAUGGAUGUGACAACUAUUUCUGGUAACCGGAGCUAUGGUCACGACAAUAUAACCACCUUCAGAACAGCUACAUUUGCUGUAAGUGCUAUAGGCUUCAUAGCAAGAGACAUCACCUUUGAGAACACAGCAGGGCCAGAGAAUAAACAAGCAGUAGCACUAAGAUCAGACUCCGACCUCUCUGUGUUCUACCGAUGUGGGAUCAAAGGCUACCAGGACAGCCUCUACGCUCACUCCCAAAGGCAAUUCUACAAGGAAUGCAGAAUCAGGGGCACGGUUGAUUUCAUCUGCGGCAACGCGGCCGCGGUGUUCCAGAACUGCCUAAUCCAACCCAAGAAGCCCUUGAAGGAUCAGAAAAACACAAUUGCUGCACAAAGUCGAACACAUCCGAAUCAAACCAGUGGCUUCUCCUUCCAUAACUGCACCAUUAUUCCAGAUCCUGAUUUUCAACCUUCAAAUGGUUCCAUCCAAACAUUCCUUGGAAGACCCUGGAAGAAUUUUUCAAGAACAGUUUUCAUGGAAUCGUUCAUGAGUGAGAUGAUACAUCCAGAAGGGUGGUUAGAGUGGGAGACUAAUACGACUUAUGAUGACACAUUGUUCUUUGGCGAGUACCAGAAUAAAGGACCAGGUAGUGGAGUUGCUAACAGGGUGAAAUGGAGAGGGUAUCAUGUGUUGAAUAAUUCACAAGCUAUGGACUUCACUGUGAAUCAAUUUAUUAAGGGGGAUUUGUGGUUGCCUUCCACAGGUGUAAGUUACAAUGCUGGAUUGUUAGUUUGAAAGAAACUGAGUAAUCUUGUUAGUGUGAUUCAAAUUGUAUCAAAUUAAGAACAAAGAUUGAAAGAAAAGGGUGAAGGGUGAAUGUUCACCCUUAGUAAUUACUGAUUGAUUAAUAAAGAUUUUUGUUUCUUGGGACUUGAGAGUUUCUAUAUGGUUGAAAAUUCAACAAAUUUUCAAGUUAAGCUUAUGAGGAAGAGAGUCCAGAUAGAUUUUAAUGCAUAAGAUUUUAAUGUGAAGUUAAAUAAAUUGUUUGCUCCUUUUAUUUUUUUUGGGAUGGAUGAGGCAAUGCAUGGGCGGACCCAUACUAUGGCAGGGUGUGGCUUCCAGUUUUUUUUUUUUUUUUUAAAAAAAAUUUAUAUGCUUGACAAAGCAUUACUAAAAAAGAAUAUGACAAAAGAAAAACCUCUCACGCAUGUUCUUUUUGUGGUUGUGUAAGAUUUUAGGUGAGACGUGUUGGUUUAUGA